ACAGACCUAUUCUGUGUAAUUUUUUGCACUAUUCUGCACUUGAAAUGAGAAAGAUCACAAUAGACGUUCCAGAUAUUUAGGAAGACAAAGAGAGAAAAUAAAAGUGCAGAGAGAACCGAGGAAUAGACAGAACAAGACAGAAUAGAUUCAAUGGACGAAGAAAGUUAUUCUACGUUUUUCCAAUUGCAGAAUUAAAAUUGAUUCUGCUUAUUAUUUAUUUGCAAUCAACGAAAAUCGAUUCAUCACAAAACAUUCCUGCAAUAUUGCAGAAAUAUUAUUGUUGCGAAAAACAAAACGUCAAUAUAACCUAACAAAGCCGAGUCAAUUGACUUUGAGCCAAGAAGCCUCACUAUUUUUGAAAUGCAUACUUCAACUAAUUUUACUCUACGCGGUGGUGAUGCAGCGUUCGCCAACAGACAGCAGGCAUUAUUCGAUCAGCUCUCGAUUGCGGAAAGCAAAUGCAAUAAACAUGACAAACCGGAGAUGGACGAUACGGCAAUGGACGAACGAAGGAAAAGGUCAGCUUCAAGCGAUGACCGAAGGCAGAAGAGAGAAACAAAGAGGUUUAGCGGCAAGGAGAGUAUCUUUAAGCGUCCAGAAGGUCCAGCGCCACGCACGAAUUUCAGAAAUAUUCCAGACUAUCACAGAAAUCCGCACAAAUGGGUCAAAUAUUCUCUGGAUGAUGUAUCCAGCGAAGACAUGACUGAACGCAGUAAUACACAGGCUGCUAUGUCAUUUUUGCGAGAGUUGAAGGCUCGCAGGAAGAAAAAGGAAAUUGAGGAACAUGGGGAAGAAAUGGACGUUGAGACUUGUGAAUCAAAUUCUACAGAGACACGAUUUAAGUUCAAGAAUACUGCAUCAUCAUCACAGAUUACAUUUAAAAAACCACGAACGAGAGAGAUAAUGGAAGAAUCAGAUGACAAACCUAUAUUCAAAAGUAGUAAGAUUAUCUUGCCAGAAUAUGUGAUUGGACAGAAACCAAAGAGGAUAUGUAAACAGAAUCGUCCAGUGAUUAAGGUCAAUCGUUCGAAAGAACUUAAACUAGAUCAUUUACAAGAACCAGACGAAGAAGAAGAUGAUUGAGAUGAAUGUACAGUGAAUAAAAUUAUAUUAUUAUAUGCAUACAAAUGUAGAAAGAUACUGUAAUUGUAUAGAUAUUCGCUUGAAAAUAAAUAAUUAA